AUGGCUUUCCGACUCUCAGCGCGGCGCCUAGCAGCGACCAGCGCCCGAAGCCUGUCAUCACAAGCGACAGCGACGUCGAGCCUCGCCCAACAUGGGCAAUCGACCAUCGCGGCGCUCCCGAACCCGGACCCGGCAGAUGACUCUCCGAGCGCCGCUAUGGUGAAAGAGCACGCGAAAUACAUGCUGGCUACGUACGCCCGGCCGCCUCCUGUGUUCGUUAGGGGUGAGGGCUCGUACUUGUGGGAUUUGGAGAAUCGCAAGUACUUGGAUUUCACGUCAGGGGUUGCUGUCAAUGGACUGGGGCAUUGCGAUCCGGGGUUGACGAAGGUGCUUGCCGAUCAGGCCAAGACAUUAUGGCACGCCUCGAACCUGUACUACAACCCCUGGACCGGAGCCCUUUCGCAAUUGCUCGUCGAGAAGACUCUUGAGUCAGGGGCAAUGCACGAUGCCGCGACCGUUUUUGUUUGCAACUCCGGCUCGGAAGCCAACGAAGCCGCCAUCAAGUUCUCCCGCAAGGUCAGCAAGGUGCUUGAGCCUUCUGGAACCAAAUACGAGUUCGUCUCUUUCCACAACUCUUUCCAUGGUCGCACUAUGGGGAGUCUGUCUGCAACGCCGAACCCCAAAUACCAAGAUCCGUUCUCGCCGAUGCUGCCGGGCUUCAAAUACGGAACAUACAAUGAUAUUGCUGCGAUCAACGAGCUCGUUAACGAGAAGACUUGUGGUGUCAUCGUUGAACCGAUCCAAGGCGAGGGUGGUGUGAAUGUUGCUAGCGAUGACUUCUUGAUUGCGCUAGCCAAGCGCUGCCGCGAAGUCGGUGCCGUUCUCACGUACGAUGAGAUCCAGUGUGGCAUGGCCCGCACGGGAACGCUCUGGGCUCACGGUCAUCUGCCAAAGGAGGCACAUCCAGACAUCAUCACCACCGCCAAAGCACUUGGUAACGGUUUCCCCAUUGGCGCGACGAUAGUGAAUGGCCAUGUCAGUCAAAAGAUCAAAAUUGGUGACCACGGCACGACCUUCGGUGGCAACCCCAUGGCCUCUCGACUUGCACAUUACGUCGUGUCCCGACUAGCAGAUCCUGCACUGCAAAAGGAGGUCGUCGAGAAGUCCAGUAUCUUGGUCCAAAAGUUUGAUCAGAUGCGCCAGCGUUUCCCCGACCUGAUCAAAGAGGUUCGCGGCCGAGGUCUGAUUCUUGGUCUGCAGUUGACCCAAGACCCCACCCCUAUUGUCAAGGCCGCUCGUGAGAGAGGACUGUUAGUCAUCACUUGCGGUACUAAUACCUUGAGGUUCGUCCCUCCGUUGACUAUCAGCGUUGAAGAAAUAGAAAGCGGCUGUAGCAUAUUGGAGGAAGCUAUCGCAUCAACUCUAUAG